AUCAUUCAGAUGACAUGUCUAAAAUAAAAGUGUUUGUUAGAUUAAGGCAGACAUGGUUGGAGCACGGUGAGCAGAUGUCUAUUUCUCUAAACUAGAAAAGUCCCAAGCUAAAUACAGUUAUAUAGUAUAUAUUAGAUUAGAUUUUACUUUAUUCAUCCACAGGGGGACAUUUCUUGACGCAGCAGCAAAAUAUUUUUUUUUUUACAAAUAUGCAAUACAAUAUAAAUAAAAUAGCAGGGCGUAUUAUAACUUUAUAAGUUUAUAUAAUAUUCUUCUUGUUUUUUUACUCUUUUAUCUUAUUUCUGUUAUUAUACUACUUGUUUUACUUAUUACUAAGGACAUUACAGGAUUACAGCAAUGCUGCUGUAAUCCUGUAAUUUCCCCACUGAGGGACUAAUAAAGGAUUAUCUUAUUUUAUCUUAUCUUAUCUUAUUACAUUUAAGAAUCUAAAUAAUAAAGGAAAUGAAAAUGUAAUAAAUAAAUAAAUAAAUGAAAGUGUAUUGACUGUUACUAAUGAUUAAAAAGGAUAUUAAAAAGUUUUGUUAUAGGUAUUUUACUUAAAAAAAAUAAAUCAGUUCGUUUUACCAGCGUUGACGCAGCAGUGAAACCGCCGAACUACAUUUCCCAGAAGGCAGUGCGACGAGAGAAGAACAGGGUAGUGAGUGAGCGACGUGCUGCAGCCAAGGCACUUUCACGAGGUAAGUUGUGCGCUUUACGUCAAUUCUUUUUCGUGUAAACCGCCCAAAAAAUAAUGUAUAUAAAUUGUGAAUCUUCUUAACUUAAAUAGAAAGCUCGUGCGCUGCCAACGCCACGCGCGCGAGCUCGUGCUCGCUUUUAAACAUUGUGUCAUUCAUUUGUCAACGAAAAGCAGCGCGAGCGCGUUUGUUUAAUAUAUAUAAAUGUUAUGUGCUGUUAGCAAGCCUGCUAGCUUCGCUACAACGCCGUGCACGUGUCGUGAACCGUGACGCGACGACCCCAACCGGGUGGAGCACGCCGCAGCUGACCGUCACAGACCCGGGCACGUUAGCUCAAGUUACCCGGUGAGUGGGUCACUCCUCCAGGCCCACUGCGUGGUGCACGUGAUCAGAUAGGCCGGAUCACUGCAUGUAUCCUUUAUUAUUAUUAUUUUUUUAUUUGGAAACUUGUGAUGGGCAUUUAUCAUAUUGUAUACACCAAUAAAAAAAUAUAUUUAUUUAGCAAGAGAAAUAGCCCUCUUUGAGUUCUAAACAGCGGGUUCUGGUAAACCCAGCCGGGCCUCGGCUGCACGGUGUCACAACAGACUGACCAUGUUGUCUUUUCAGGUGAACAAUGACGCAGGAACCAGCUGCCGGAUCGCUGGCUGUCACAAUGUGGAAUGGAGCAAAGGUCAACAUUUUCUCCUCCACGCCGACGGCAGCAGCGUGCAGCGGUCCAACUACCGCGUCGUCCCCCUGUUGAAGUUCAUUAAAGCCACCUCGGUGUUCUCCGGCAUGCACAGGGAGGUGGAUUGAAACCCCCCCCCCACCCCCAAAAACAUUAUCUUGUUCCCCUCAUUUCAAGCAGGGACGUCGGGCCAGCUUUUUAACGUCAAAAACCAAUCCCCACAAUGGUGGCGGAUCGCACGGCAGGAAGUGGAGACGGAUCGGAGGGCGAGAAGGAAAUGGACCAGGAGGCGCCUGCGUCUGACGAAGGCAGAGGACACGGGGAUAGAGACGAGGAGACGGCCGUCUCGGCGUCCGAGGGCCCGGCUCCUUCCGAAGGUCCCCCGGGGGAAGCGGCGGAGCCCAGAAAGUGGAAGGGGGCCGUAAUGUUCUUGUGUUUCUACGGGUUCAUGAUGUCGAUAAAGCCCGGUGAGCCCUUCAUCACACCGUAUCUACUCAGCCCCGAGAAGAACUUAACCAGAGAACAGGUGACCAAUGAGAUCACCCCGGUGCUGACGUACUCCUACAUGGUGGUGCUGGUGCCGGCCUUCCUGCUGACGGACCUUCUGCGCUACAAGCCGGUGCUGAUCAUCCAGGGCGUCAGCCAGGUGGUCAUCUGGCUCAUUCUGCUGCUGGGCUCCAGCCUCCUGGAGAUGCAGUUCAUGGAGUUCUUCUACGGCAUCACCAUGGCCUGCCGCGUGGCCUACUCCUCCUACAUCUUCUCGCUGGUCACCCCGGCCCUCUACCAGCGCGUGGCCGGAUACUCGCGCUCCGCGGUCCUCCUCGGGGUGUUCACCAGCUCGGUGCUGGGCCAGCUGUUCAUUUCCGUCGGCGAGGUCAGCUUCUACACGCUCAACGCCAUAUCUUUGGGGUUCGUGAGCUUCGGGCUGGCGCUGUCGAUGUGCCUCCCGUGGCCGAAGCGCUCCCUGUUUUUUAACCGGACGCGAAAUCAGGAGCAAGCGGCCUCCGCGGUCGCCUCCACGUCAGAACUGGACAAAAUGAACCCGAAAGAGAGCGCCUCGACCCCGGCGGCCUCCGCGUCACGCUGGAGGGACUCUGUGUUUGUGCAGAUGCUGCUGGAGGUGGGAAAUGUGGCGAGGAGGCCCAACCUGAGGCUCUGGUCCCUGUGGUGGGUGUUCAACUCCACGGGGUACUACCUGGUGCUGUUCUACGUUCACAUCCUGUGGAACAAAGUCCAUCCGGUCACUGAGAACAAGAACGUAUACAACGGGGGAGUGGAGGCAGCUUCUACCCUGCUGAGUGCGCUGACUUCCUUCAUCGCCGGCUACGCCAAAAUCCGGUGGAACGUCUGGUCGGAGCUGGUCAUCGGCGUCAUCACGGCGCUGCAGGCGGGCCUGCUGCUCCUCAUGGGCACCACGGACAACAUCUGGGUCUGCUACAUGGCCUACGUCCUCUUCAGAGGCUUCUACCAGUUCCUGGUGCCGAUCGCCACUUUCCAGAUAGCCUCGUCGCUCACCAAGGAGCUGUGCGCCUUAGUGUUUGGCAUCAACACCUUUUUGGGGACCGUUCUGAAGACCAUCAUCAACCUGAUCUUCUCAGACAAGAGAGGCCUGGCGUUGGACGUGCACUCUCAGUUCUUGGUGUACUUUGUGUACUUCACCAUUCUCACUGUCGUCUACCUCGUCUGUGCCGCCGUGGUCAUUAUCCGUCACUAUAGAAACCAGCGAGGAGGAGGAGGAGGAGGAGGAGGGGGCGGGGACAGCGAACAGGUGGCAUCCACAGAGCUCAGCCCCGUGGCUGCAGAAUCAGAGCCUCUGUCGAACGGCAAAAGUGCCAACGCCGAGACGACGGUCUCUACUUGAACUGAUAUCUUAUCAAAUAAGCUCUCACUACGAUCGAUGAAAUAGUUUCUAUGUGAGCUGCUGAGCCUUAAUCUGAAGUGCCUCUCCCUGAAGCUGCUGCACAGAAGAGUAAAUUCUUCUUUUUUUUUUAUUGAAUACAAAGCACUAAGUGGUAAUACACUUUAAUUCACAGAGAGAGGCACCAUUCAUGUGAUGGGGCCUUUUUUUUUUAAAAAUUUUGUACAGAAAACAAACGAGGAGGAUUUUUUUUUUUAACUUUUCAGGUUUGAUUAGACACUUUUAUUUAAUUCACACUCCUAUUGUGAAGUGACAGUGUUAUGAUUACGUGUAAGUGCCAUUUUAAAGAAAGCAUAUAUCCGUAUCAGUACACGGGUAUGAAGUACAAUCUUUCAAAUUUCAUAUUCUUAUAAUCGACUUAGGAAAUUGAUCCAGUCACGUGAAGCUGGAAACUGCAGAUUGUAUGUUAGAUAAUGUGAUUUAUUUCAUGGUCGCUGUAAUGCUCUUAAAUGGUGAAGCUGCAGCAUGCGAAUAUUUAGAAUUAUCCUUAUUUAACACAUGGAAACCAGCAUGAUUUAUUCACACACACACACACACACACGCGCGCACAUGCUAAUUCUAUUUCUGACUCUUUAUCUUCGUUUCAUUACCAGGAAGGCUGGAGGCCCACGAGUUGCUAAUAUGAUCUUUAAAUGAAUGAACAUAGGAAUGCAUGUUAUGCAACAGGAAACAUUAAAUAGUUAUUAAAUGUCCAUUUGCUUCCUUUAAAAAGCAGGUACUGAAUACUGAACCUUUUUAUUUUACAAUAGACACUGUAGUUUUUACAUUCAUGUUUAGAUAUUUCUUAUUGAAAUGACUGAAAAAACAGACGCUGACAUUAAUUCCAUGAUUUGUUUUUUGUAUUCACAAAAUAAAUUUGAGUUUGGUGGAUGGAAAA